CCUCUACCGUAUAAAUACCCUCUCUUUCAUAACUCGCGUCCUUUUGCCGUCUCGGAAUAUCCUAGCAGCACUAAGAAACUGCCGGAAUCAGAAGCAUCGACGGCUAAGAAAUCUCACGGAACACCGCGUGCAGCUCCAAUCUCGGCAAACAAGGACUGAGAUUGUGAGGAGAGUGGCUUUUGCUUGCUGAAGGACAAGUAUGGUGAAUGUUUCCUCUUACCGCAACUGUGGAAAGACAUUCAAGAAGCCACGCCGCCCUUAUGAGAAGGAGCGGUUGGAUGCUGAGCUGAAGCUGGUGGGUGAGUAUGGAUUGCGAUGCAAGAGAGAGUUGUGGAGGAUUCAGUAUGCUCUAAGCCGCAUCCGAAAUGCUGCAAGGGAGUUGCUCACCUUGGAUGAGAAGAACCCACGCCGGAUCUUUGAAGGUGAGGCUCUGCUACGGAGGAUGAACCGCUAUGGGCUUUUGGAUGAGAGCCAGAACAAGCUUGAUUAUGUCUUAGCAUUGACCGUGGAGAACUUCCUUGAGCGUCGCUUGCAGACCCUUGUUUUCAAGUCGGGUAUGGCAAAGUCCAUUCAUCAUGCCAGAGUGCUCAUUAGACAGAAGCAUAUCAGGGUUGGGAGACAGGUUGUGAACAUUCCAUCUUUCAUGGUGAGGGUUGACUCACAGAAGCACAUUGAUUUCUCACUCACAAGUCCAUUUGGCGGUGGUCGUCCCGGAAGAGUGAAGAGGAAGAACAUGAGAGCAGCUGCUAAGAAAGCUGGUGGUGGUGAUGGAGAUGAAGAAGAGGAAGAAUGAAGGCCAGGGGUUUUGAUGUUUUUGCUUAUACUGAGUUUCUUUAGUUCUAUUAAUGGCAGCUCUUAUCAGUCAAGUUUUGUUAUUUGUUAACUUUUUUUUUUUGGAUUUUAAUUGCCUGGUUGUUGAUCUUGAAAUGUUUUAAUGAAGUUUUUCUUGCUGCAUAA